GAAAUAUUUAAAUACUUUUAAGGUACUAAUCAAAAUUUGAUACUUUAAAUUAUUCGACCCGACCCAAUACAACCCGAAAAGUUCAUUACUUGUAAUGGAUCAAAGCCCGUAUUUCCCUAUUUUUUUCAGCUGUCUAUCCAAUUAACACAAAGCCCACGACCCAUUGCCCCUUCUCUCAGUACAUCCUCCAUUUCUUUGUUAGCUUCAAGCAGGCCCGCCGCCACACGAUGCUCGGGAAAUUGCUCCGCCGCCCUCUCCUCUCAUCUUCACGCAUAUGCAAUCACCUUUCAUCACCAUUUCAAUCUUUUCCCCCCCACCGCUCAAUACAGAAUCCCGUUCUUCUAAUCACUCUCCACCGCCGUUUUCUCUGCUCGCCGUCAUCGCCCACUGAAAAUUUGGACCUCCCAAUUCCAAGAAUCCGGUCUCAAACUCCUCUCGAGAAGCAAUUUGAAAGCUGGGUCCAAAAGCUCAAGCCCGGCUUCUCCCAUUCGGACGUCGACGAGGCUCUGCGCGCCCAAUCCGACCCCGAUCUCGCCCUCGACCUCUUCCGAUGGACGGCGCAGCAGCGUGGCUACAAACACAACGAUCUAACCUAUCUAACGAUUAUCAAAACCCUAAUCUCCUGCCGGAGGUACCACCUCGCGGAAACCCUAGUCGAAGAGGUACUUGCUGGUGCUUGUGAAAUGAGUGUGCCGCUUUAUAAUUCUGUAAUUAGGUUUUGCUGUGGCCGGAAAUUUCUUUUUAAUCGAGCUUUUGAUGUGUACAAGAAAAUGUGGAGAUCUGAUGACUGCAAACCUAAUCUUGAAACUUAUGCGAUGCUGUUCAAUUCACUGCUUAGGAGAUUCAAUAAGUUGAAUGUCUGUUAUGUGUAUUUACAUGCGGUUCGGUCGUUAACCAAGCAAAUGAAAGCCUCUGGCGUGAUUCCGGAUACGUUUGUGAUGAACAUGAUCAUUAAAGCUUAUUCUAAGUGUCUUGAAGUUGAUGAAGCGAUACGGGUUUUUCGGGAAAUGGGGUUGUAUGGUUGCGAACCGAAUACUUAUACUUAUGGCUACAUUGCAAAAGGGUUGUGUGAGAAAGGAAGGGUUGCACAAGGGUUGGAUUUUUACAAGGAAAUGAGAGUUAAAGGCUUGUUUCCUAGUAGCAGUACUUGUAUGAUUUUGAUUUGUAGUUUAGCAAUGGAGCGCAGAUUCAAGGAAGCUGUUGAGGUUUGUUUUGACAUGUUGAGUAAUUCCAUGUCACCUGAUUUGCUUACUUACCGAACUCUGUUAGAAGGAUUGUGUCGGGAAGGACAGGAUGGUGAAGCAUUUGAUUUGCUCGAUGAGUUGAAGAAGAGGGAUAAACUGAUGAAUGAGAAGACAUUCAAAAUUCUAUUAAAUGGGCUGCACAUUGUUGGUAGAGAGUAGGUUUUAAGGAUUGUCCUCUGGCCUAUUCCAUAGAAUUUGUUCAUGUUGCAGGAUUAGGUUGAUGGAAAACCCAGGUCUCUGCAUGUGUUAACCAUUCGGGAUUCGAUCUCGAGUAGGACCUUUGGAUCUCAAAUGAUUUUUCUGUCAUUAAGUAGUUUUCGCUUUCAUAGUCACAUGAAAGGAGGACCAAAGUCUGUGAAUUUUCUUGCGCACCACUGCUCGAAAUAGGUGAAACGUUGAAGAGAGUUACUUGAUUAUUCGUUCGAACAUCUGCACUUUUAAGACGAGCUAAUUCUGGAUUCAUGUAUUGUCGUAGAUGGUUUGUACAUUGGCUUCUGCAACUCUUCGGUAGUCUGGAGAACCUCAUGUUUUGUUUCAUAUGUGCUUUCCCCUAAACUAAAGAAAGCCAAAUCAAAUUGUUCCGAACUGAAAGCUGGUGCCGAUCCUUUUGCUAACUGGAUCUGUGUUCAAAAACCUCUGUGCUCAUUAAGAAAGUAGUUGGAUAGAGAACCAACCCAAUCAAAAGUUGAUGUUGAUUCUUCUCCAUCCAUAACAAAUGCUCUCAAUGCAUCUCUGUGAAGAAGAACACAGAAUUAUAUCGAGCCAGACCCGGAGCCCGUAAAGCAUCUCGGGUUGGAAUGAACAGGUAACAGGUGAGUUUCUUCAAGGAAAGAUUGCCUGAGCAUGUUGAUUGCUGCUCAUUAUCUAGGAAGAAGACCACCAUUGUCAUCGCCUCUGUUUCUCUGAAAUGAG